AUGAUGGAGCUUCGGGAGAGUGGACAGGAGUGGGAAAGUUUUGACAGAUGCAAAAGGAAGAUUGAUGCAGACUUCAAAGGCGGGGGGGCCGUCAGCAGCGGCGAGCACAUCGACCCUCCAGUGCUCCAGUCAGCGCCCGGGUGUGCGGAACACACCACCAACAACCGCAACAUGCCCGCGGACCGUCCCUGCUCCACAGCCACGGAGAACAUUCCACCAGCUUCUCUCUCGGACCACACCACAUCCACCGACUGCAUCAUCACGGCACACAUGGAUUACGUCAUCAGAAUGCGACCGGCAUCAGACCACAUAAACAAAAACAGCGGAGACAUGGAAAACGCGGGGUGGAUUUUCGCCUGCUCCGCACUCUUCCAAAACAUAAGCCCACUUCUGAAUUAA